AUGAAAUCAAUAUCAUGCAGUAAAGAAUAUGCUGAAGAUGCGCGCAAUAUCAACAUCAGGCCUGAGCAACUUGAUGAUUUUGUCGGACAAAAAGACUUAAUACAAAAUUUAAAAGUGUUUAUAAAUGCUGCAAAGACGAGAACUGAAGCUUUAGAUCACGUUUUAUUGUAUGGUCCCCCAGGACUUGGCAAAACAACUUUAGCACAAAUUGUUUCUAAAGAAUUAAGGGUCAGCUUCCGCGCAACUUCUGGUCCUUUACUUAGUAAAGCUGGGGACUUGGCUGCAGUGCUUACCACUUUAAAUGCAAAAGAUGUCCUAUUUAUCGACGAAAUCCAUAGAUUAAAUCGCAACAUUGAAGAAGUUUUAUAUACCGCUAUGGAAGAUUUUUGCCUGGACAUAUUAGUAGGUGAAGGGCCAUCUACUCGCACUUUAAGGAUAGAUCUACCACCAUUUACAUUAAUCGGAGCAACAACACGGCUUGGAUUACUUUCUGCGCCGCUGAGGGAUCGUUUUGGUAUCCCUUUGCAUCUUGAAUUUUAUUCUUUUGAGGAGCUGGUUAAUAUUAUAAAAAGAGGUGCAAGAGUUCUUUCUGCUGCAAUUGAAGAGAAUGCCGCACAGGAAAUUGCCUGCCGUGCGCGUGGCACUCCAAGAAUUGCUUUGAGAUUACUUAGGAGAAUAAGGGAUUUUGUUGAAGUAAAAGACGAUAAAAAAAUCACUUAUGAAGUCGCUGAUUCUGUAUUGCUAAAAUUGGGUGUAGAUAAAAUGGGAUUAAAUAAAUUAGAUAUGCAUUAUCUAAGAUUUUUACUCAACACUUCAGGCCCUGUUGGGAUUGACACUAUAUCUAUUGCGCUAUCUGAAGAUGCCGGCAAUAUCGAAGAAACAGUGGAACCUUAUUUAAUCAAAAUUAGUUUUGUAAAGCGGACACCAAGAGGGCGCGUUUUAACUGAUCAAGCAAAGGAGCAUUUGAGCUUUCAACAUUAG